CUCCCCCAAUCCCAAUGCCCACAAACUGACCUCCUCCCUCAAUUACUCAACCCCCUCCCAGUUCACCGCGGCAUUCCAUCAAACACCUCGCCAGCAAUCACCAAUGGCGUCUCUCUCCCGGCGAGCCUCCUUCGGCAGCUCGCCCCAACCAACCGCCGGAUCUUCCACUCCGGAUCUGAAGCACCGCGUCAUCACCUGCCUCAACAAGCUCGCCGACCGCGACACUCUCGCCAUGGCCUCCGCCGAGCUCGACUCCAUUGCCCGAACCCUCGCCCCCGGCUUCUUCGCUACCUUCCUCAUCUGCAUUCACAACACCGACUCUUCCACCAAGCCGCCCGUCCGCAAGCAAUGCGUUUCUCUCCUCACCCUGCUGUCGAACUCCCACGGCGACGCCCUCGCUCCGUUUUUGUCCAAAAUGAUCUCCACCGUCGUCCGCCGUCUCCGCGACCCCGACUCCGUCGUCCGGUCCGCUUGCGUGGAGGCAGUUUCCGCCAUGUCGUCCAAGAUCACGACGCCGGCGUUUUCGUCGUCAUUCUUAAAGCCAUUGAUGGACACUCUGGCGACGGAGCAAGACUUGAAUUCUCAGAUCGGCUCGGCGCUGUGUCUGGCCGCCGCGAUCGAUUCUGCGCCUGACCCGGACCCGGUUCAGCUGAAGCGGAGCCUGCAGCGGCUCUCGAAGCUGGCGAAGAGCGAGAGCUUCAAGGCCAAGGCGGCGCUACUGGUGCUUGUUGGGAGCAUUAUCGGGGCUGGUGGCGCGUCGAGCCAAAGCGCGUUGGACUGGCUUGUGCCGUGCGUGAUUGAGUUUUUGAGCAGCGAGGACUGGACAACGAGGAAGGCCGCGGCCGAGGCGCUUGGGAAGGUGGCUACGGUGGAGACAGAUUUGGCACCGAUUUAUAAAGCUUUGUGCUUGAAUGCCUUGGAAAGUCGGAGAUUUGAUAAGGUGAAGUUAGUCCGGGAAACUAUGAACGAGACAUUGGAGGUGUGGAAGGUUCUUCUUGCCAGCGAUUCCGAAGAGAUUCCUGCUCCAAUUCAAUCCAGAUCUUCAACUGAUAAUGGGAUUGGUCGAUGCUCUCCUCCCUCAUCGAAAAGUUCCGAUGAUGCCGGUUGUUGUAGGAUUCCUCAACCAAAGAAAACAGUCCCCACAAACAGGUCCCCUCCCUCAGAUGCUUCUUUGGUGACCACAGCUAAAAAGGGAAGUCCUUUAACUAGAAACGAUAGAAAACCAGACACUGCCGUGUUCUCGAAGCAGGAGCACAAGAAACCCACUGAUUGGAAAAUUGAACUUGCUACGCCAAACUCUCUCUCUUCAAAGGUGACCCAUAAGGAUGAUAUUGUUAGGAGUGACCCUAGAGAUCUGGAAUCAGGAAAGAAUGACCACAUUGGAAUGGUGCUAGAAACUAACAGCUUACUCUUUACUAAGAAUCCUGUUGAAAAAGCAUACAGAUUUGGUGGUUUAAAAUCUGGGUCACGUGUUGUUCCAGUUAAUGAUCAUGAAAACUAUGACUCAGAUGUUGAAGUCAGCAAUGAUGCAGAAGAAGUUUAUGAGAACCAAAAGGAUGCUGAGGAUCUCAGUUUGAUCCGCGAACAACUUAUUCAGAUUGAAAACCAGCAGUCCAGUUUAUUAAACCUACUGCAGAGAUUUAUUGGGAGCUCUCAGAGUGGGUUGAAUGCUCUGGAGUCACGUGUGCACGGCCUUGAGAUGGCUCUAGAUGAAAUAUCAUACGAUUUGGCAAUAUCAAGUGGAAGGAUCCCAAACUCGGAAUCUGCAGAAAACACCUGCUGCAAGCUGCCGGGUGCAGAAUUCUUGAGUUCCAAGUUCUGGCGUAGAACAGAUGGGAGGUAUUCUACUUCAAGUCUCACUUCUGGAACCAUUCCCUCACUUAAUGCUAUGCCUAACAUAGCUAUUAAAAAUACAAGUGCUGAAUCAUGUACUUUUGACCGCGAAAGGUUUCAGCACCAAAGUAGAGGUGCAUCUACCGGUCACUCGGUGGCAAAAAUGCAAGAUGCUGAGAGGGUUCAGGCUUGCAAUGCUAGUCGGUAUGAUGGGGUUUCGCCAGCUACUUUUACAUCAUCAAGGAACCUGAACAAAAGACCAUCUGCUUAUUAGAUAGAACGGAAAUGGAAAUUGUUGGAUGGAUCGAUUUUGGCCGAGAUACAGGCACCAUACUGUGCGUCAUCGAAGUACCGGAACACAUUCAAUUGAAUGCCGAGGCCGAUCAAGUCAGAUACGUAGGUGCGCAUACUUUAUUAGAUUUAUAAAUCAAUGUAGCAUUUGAUGCACAGGGAGCAUAGGGCUCUCGUUCUACAUGAUAGUACGUUACCCUCCCUCCAAAAGGCAGCUUUCAGAUUUAAAUGCAAUACCCAGAGUAGCCUUUUGUAGCAUGUGUUCUUAUUUAUUACUAGCCUGCACCAUUGCCGGUAAGGGAAGGAAGCUAAUCUGUACAGAACUACAGAUCCAAGUUUGCUCAUCUUUUCUUGGAUUGCUGUUACUUGCUGUAAAUGCUCAAUAAGUUUUAUUGUCGCUAUAAA